GAACCAACAACUUAAGACGGACCGUUGUUGCAUAUAUAUAGUAGUAGUACAUUAUUAUCGGCCGGAGACACGAGCAUUGUUAUCGGCCGGAGACGAAGCCACACAGAGCAGCAGAAGUCGCAAAUGGAGGGAGCCAAAGGAGAAUUGAAGCAUGUAGUGGUCGUAAAGUUCAAAAAAGGCAUUCCACCACAUGAAAUCGAGCAACACAUCAAGGACUACGCCAAUCUUAUCAAUCUCAUCCCGUCCAUGAAGUCCUUCCACUGGGGGAGAGACGUAGGAGUCUGUGGCAUGGAUGAAGGGUACACCCACAUAUUUGAGUGCACAUUCGAGAGCCAACAGGACGUCGUUGAGUACAUGGCUCAUCCUUCUCACCGUGAAUUUGCAGACUUGUUCAUCCCUAAACUCGACAAGUUCCUCAUCAUCGAUUACAAGCCCACACUUGUUCAUCCUUGAUUGAUUGGGAGAUCAUUGAAUUGUAAUGCCAUUUGCCAACCUAUAGAUCAAUCCCUUGGGUUCAAUAAAAGUCACUGUUAUAUGUGAUCUCUCUUCAUAAAUGUUGAUAGUCAGUCCAAGUAAUUAGAAAACGUCGACAAAAGAGAGUCUCAGACAUCCAAGGAAGGAGGAAAUGAGCAGCAUUAGCUCUCAAGCCCGGCGAAAGGCGAAAGCUCUUAGUCGGCCACUGCGAAUGUUCUUUGAGAAACAAGCCUUUGGAUUUGUCAUCAUCAACUACUACCCUCAAAGGAUCAAGACAGCAAUGCAACAAAUUUAGACUUAAAAAAAACAGAGCAUUGAGAGAAAUCGAAUGUAUCAUCACUUACUGAGCCUAGAGACACGAGAGAAACAGGCUCACCCAAAGUCAAUGAACAAGUGCUCUUCCUGAGGUAUACGAGAGAUCUGUUCAACGAAAUUAAACAGAACCCUUGUUUUCCAAAUUUUCCACCAGGGUAUUGAUUUUCACCAAAAUAAAUUAAAAAACAGAGAUAACCCAUGAGAGGAACAUAGAAAAGAGGAGGUCGCAAGGCUGUACGUACAUACAUCUCUUCCAUCUAAAUCUAUUGAUGGAAUUCAAUGGAAUGGGAGGAAUUGGUAAAAGAAAAUGUCACGGAGAAAAGGGAUCGACGAUUCUCUACUCUGCGGAUCGAUUUCUUUCCAAUCCACCCCUUCCGAUGAUUUCCUCAACAUAUAAUCGCAAUGCA